ACGCGUUAACAUGUCUGAAGUGGUCGAAUGUGGAUCUACGUAUGCAUAUCUAUGAUGGACAGGCCCACAUCUUUUACUUCCUUUAGCGUCUCUGUUUCCUCCAGAACUUUCUACAGCUUCAGAGGGAAAGUACGGAGAGAGGACCGAUGGCAACCAGCGGGCGUUUUUCUGACAGUUUCAUAGACGAGGAUCCACAGAGAGCCCUUGAGGAGCUAAAUGAGGAAUUGGGGAAGAAAGCUGAUCAUGCUGAAUGGCUCUGUCAGCGGGCCUAUGCUUAUAUACUAUUGAAAGAGUACACUAAAGCAAUUGAUGAUGCCAAGAAAGCUCAACAGCUGCAGCCAGGUCUUGCGCUUGCCUUCUUAAGAACAGGGUAAGUUCACAAUAUAGUUUUCUCACAUAAAACACAAACCUGUGCGUUUGUAUGUCCCAGCAUCAUUAAUAAGUCAUUGAAAUGCAGGGCAUUUUGGGGAUUCUAGAAUACUGAAAUAUUCUUGAAAUAUACUGAUUGCGUUUACAUGUACGUUCUUAACCUGAUUAUGCUUAAGCCGAAAAUGCACGUGAUCAUGUAAAUGCAUUUACCCAUUUUCCUUAAAGUCAUAAUCGAUAACCCAAUCGAUUUUUGCCCCUUACACUGAUUCCGCCCACCAUAUAAACGCCUUAAUUUUAUUUGAAAGUAGACUAAUCCUUUUUCCUGAAUUUACUCACCCCCAUGUCAUUC